AUUAAUCUGGUCGGGAUUCAGGAGAUCCCGCAUCAGCCUGAGUGGGUUGGUCACGCGGGUCACGUGACUUGACAGGAACAGAAGCGAUGGAGAAAAGCUAAGGAAGGACUCUACCCCGGCAGUGGCUUCCUCUCCACCCAGAGUGAUUGUGGAAUGGCAGCAGUUUGGCAGCAGGUUUUGGCAGUGGACGCAAGGUAUAAUGCUUACCGCACGCCUACCUUCCCACAGUUCCGAACUCAGUACAUCCGCCGACGCAGCCAGCUGCUCAGAGAGAACGCCAAGUGUGGCUUUGAGCCAGGGCUGCGCAGGCAGUACCUGAAGCUGCGCAGUCAGCUGUUGGCCCUGCGCUACGGGCCGCUGUCUGAGCAGAGCAGCUUCAGGGCCAGCAGCGUGCGUAGCUCCCGUACCACACUGGACCGCAUGGAGGACUUUGAGGAGGACCCCCGCGCUCAGGGGGCCCGAGGUCACCGCCGGUCCGUCAGCCGAGGCUCCUACCAGCUGCAGGCCCAGAUGAACAGAGCCGUCUACGACGAGAGGCAAGAAGAGCUGCUGCAAAUGCCCCCGGGCAGCUUGGUGCCCACCUCGGUGGCAGAGGCCAGCCGGGCCAUGGCCGGUGACACAACCCUGAGUGAAAACUACGCCUUUGCCGGCAUGCACCACAUAUUUGACCAACACGUCGACUCUGCCGUCCCGCGGUUGCAGUUUGCGAAUGACGACAAGCACCUCCUGGCCUGCUGCUCGUUGGACGGCACCCUGUCCGUCAUGGCGCUGUCGCCGCCGCCUCCGAGCGUGAGGCUGACGCUGAAGGGACACGGCGGCCCCGUCACGGACUUCGCCUGGUCUCUCAGCAACGACAUCAUCGUGUCGACGUCGCUGGACGGGACGCUGCGGAUCUGGAACACGGAGGACGGUCGGUGCAUCCGGGAAGUCAGAGACCCGGAGUCGAGCGAGUUGCUCUGCUGCACCUUCCAGCCGAUGAACAACAACCUCACUGUGGUGGGAAACAGCAAGCACCACCUGCAGGUGGUGAACAUCUCCACUGGGAAGAAGGUGAAGGGGGGCUCCAGUAAGCUGACAGGCCGCGUGCUGUCUCUCUCCUUUGAUGCUCCGGGGAGGAUCCUGUGGGCUGGCGACGACCGCGGCAGCAUCUUCUCCUUCCUCUUCGACAUGGCAACAGGGAAGCUGACCAAAGCCAAGCGGCUGGUGGUGAGCGAGGGCAGCUCCAUCUGCAGCAUCUCGGCUCGCUCCUGGAUCAGCCGCGAGGCCAGAGACCCGUCCCUGCUGGUCAACGCCUGCGUCAACAAGCUGCUGCUCUACAGGGUUGUGGACAACGAAGGAACGCUGCAGCUGAAGAGAAGCUUCCCCAUCCAGCACGGAUCGCAGAACGUCCACAGCAUUUUCUGCCCCCUCAUGUCUUUCAGACAAGGGGCCUGUGUGGUGACCGGCAGCGAGGACGGCUGCGUCUACUUCUUCGACGUCGAACGCAACACCAAGGCCAUCGUCAACAAGCUGCAGGGUCACGGCGGCCCGGUGCUGGACGUGAGCUUCAACUGCGACGAGAGUCUGCUGGCGUCUGCCGACUCCACCGGCAUGGUCAUCGUCUGGAGGAGAGAGCAGAAAUGAAAACAAGCUUCCAUCCACUACAUCUGAACAUGUACGAGUAAAACCCGACCUGCUGCUCUUUACCGUCCAGUCCCACCGUGUAGGUCUUCACUGGAAUGUAUCAAACAUCUAAAGUAGUGAAACUAAAGUGCAAUCAGAUAGAGCCUCUUCCUGCGUGGGAGGGAAGAGUCCGUCCUCCUGCAGCUGGAACCGACUUCACCACCAUGCAUGCGUCAUGGCUCACCUCCAGCUGGCGUGAAGAGGACGCGCUGUAAUCUUACUGGAAAAAGCAACACUUUGUAUCACACUGAUGUUCCCUCCGGCGUAGCUCCCUCACUAUUUAUGUAACUGUUAUUCAAGCAGCGUAAUCAAGUGUUGUUCGCUCUCAGUCGCAGCCUUUGAGACCAUGUGCAUGAAACAAGCAGGUCGUUUAUCACUAAAUGUUGGCGUGUUGAUCAGUGUGUUUGUUCGUGUGUGUGUGUGUGGUGAUUCAGAUAAUUUAUUUAGCACAAUAAAUGGCUGCAUUGUGAUUUA